AUGCCAUUCGAAAGGAAUAAGAAACGAGCGAGACAGAUUCUUGUUUGUGGGAACUGUCACAAGAAAAAAAGAAAGUGUGAUCGAAAUCUCCCUUGUUCUAGUUGUAUCAAACUAAGCAUUGAUGCCACUUGUGCCUACAGCACUAUGUCGUAUAAGAAACAGCAUUUGCAGGACGACCGAAGUUAUAGUUCAGAAGCUUUUCGUAAAAUACCGGGAAAUAUAGAUAGCAGGGAACGAAAUAUAAAAGAUGAUUCAUUGCAUAAUAAAAUAGGAAUUUUGAACAAUAAAAUAAAGGAUCUUGAAGCUUCUAUAACCAUGACGACAUUCCAAAAUAAGCAAGCGCCUCGUGGUUCAACUACUCAGCAUGAUGACAAUCACAUUAUUCAGAAGUAUCAUGCAAACAAGUCGCCAAAUACGUUGAAUAAUGUAAAAAGGUUAGGGGAUGACAUUCGUCUUAUAGGUAUCAAUCCCGUACUAUCGAGCGAGGAUUCCAUUAAUUUUCUUGAUUCCCUUACGAAAGAUCCAGAAAGUGAUCUUAGAGUUGUAGUUACUCCAUUUGGUCCCUUGAGGUUCCUUGUUUUGCUGAGACAAGAUCCGGCCUCUAUUUUGAUAUGGAAAUAUUUGGCUUGGCCGAAACGGAAACAUUUUUCACUUGAAUCAGUACUUAAUGAGAACCUGCAAGAUAACGGAUUAGAAGAUCUAGAUGGACGAUCACGUAUUUUUUAUGGAAAUAAAUAUAUCAAAAGAUUAGAAAAGAACCAUUCAGAGUCGGAUACUAUUGAAGUUAAGAAAGCUAUAUCUAGUUUCGGUUUGACAUUGGGACUCAGCUUCACACCUGUACUGUUCCAUUACGAUUCCAAUUUAUUGGAGCAAAUAAAGCAAAUAUUACCUGGAAAGAGAACGCUUCAUAUGCUUAUCAAUAUGUUUUUUGAUACUUUGUAUCCAUUUUUUCCUAUAUUAGACGAAUCUGCGUUUCGGGCUGACGUCUCUCGUAUCACUGGGGACUAUAAUCCCGACAACCUUGAUGGGCACAUAGAAAAUAUUGUUCUAGGAAGUAAGUAUGACUUGGCUUUCUUAGCCACGCUCUUGAUUACUGUGAGAUUAAGUUACCUAUCAUUAUUUAGCAAUGAUGUAGUAAAGAAUGAGGAACUAUUAAAUUCGCAGGACGCACCACUGAAUUCUCGAGACAAAAGGUAUCUUAUGCAACAUCCCAUACCUAUUGAAGUAAUAACUGUUGCAGAACGAUGUAUCAAAGAGUUUGAAUUAAUUACAGAACCAAGUUUGGCUCUUUUCCAAUCUUUAUGCAUGAUGCAUAUUUAUCGGGGUUAUGCGCCUGAGGAGGAUCCUUCUAAUAAUCAUCAAUCAGUUAUUUCUAUCGGGACUUUGUACCAAAUGGCUAGUGUUUUGUACUUGAACAGAGAUCCCAAUUACAUAUUAUAUUUUUCUCUCAGAAAAAUAGAUGAGAGGACAAGAAUGCUAAAAAGAAGGUUGUGGUAUUUUUUGAUCAAUGCUGACAUCGAGGAUUCAAUCAUAUAUGGGUCCCCAAUAUAUACAAUUGAAUCGAAUUAUGAUACAGAAAAGCCUUGCUUAUACGAAUACACAUCCAAUAUAAGUAACGUGGUAUUAGAGAGAGAGAUAGUAACAGCAUGUGAUGAGAUGCAUCCUGUUGUUAUGUUUUCCCAUAAAAUUCUAGACAUGAUAUUUAGAGUCAGGUCUGAUAUGAAAAUUUCCGACCUAGCUGAUCAUUUAUCAGAUUUUGAAAUUUUAGUUGAGAAGACCCUUGGAAGUGCAAGUGAAUAUUUAGUAUCUGAUAAUUGUUCUCCAGAGUUUUUGAAAAUUCAGAAGUUUAAGUUAUAUUUAUAUUGUAAGUUGAUGUUGCUGUAUAUGUAUUAUUGCUUUUUUUUAUAUUUUGAAAACAGGAAUGUUCAGUUGAGUAUGUUUUAUUUGAAGAAACUGUGGGCUAUUGUGCAUUACGAAUUGGCUGCUAUCUCUGGAGAUAUUUUAUGUUAUUGUGAUGAUUACUUUGGAUCAGCCUUCGCGUUAAUGGUUACACCAAUAAUUGAAUAUCUAACUCGUAUGAGGUUGCUUUUGGGUCAAUUUCGAGUUAGACUCAAGAAUACUCGCUUAUCUAUAGAUAUGCAUACAUUUAACAAAGUCUCUAUGAGCAAUUCCCAGAUUAAACUCUAUAUUAACUCUCUUGAUACCUUAACGGACAUCGUGAGUGAAAUUGAAAUGCAAAGUGUGAAAUCAAUAUCAAGCUUGAGUAAACGAUACUUCUAUGCAUGGAAGUCUUCGCAGUCGUAUAAUUAUGGCAGAAGUAUACUAGAUGAUGAUGAACUAUAUAAUAGUGACAAAGAAAGUAAAUCAAGAGCUGAUUUAAAAUUUUCGCUUGACGAACUACAACAGUUGGAAAACCUACUUCAUUGCUGCCUCGACUUGAUGAAACGUAAUUCCUCAAAUUUGAUGAGUAGAACUAGUGCAAGAAAUAUACACCCAAUUACUGAUUCAGAGGAACAUAUACUUAACAAGCAUCAAUUUGACAAAUUCUGGUUUCUGUUUGAUUUGCUAAAACAGGAAAGUGUCUCUUCACGAAAUGGAAUUUCCACAUAUGAUCGAAACAGAGAGAAUUAUCCUAUCAAUCAGCGUAGUCUCUCUGUCGAAAACUCUAAUGCCGCAGCCGCCUUUGAUAUCGAUAAUAAUAUAUUAUAUGAAAACAAUCUAUUUGGUAGCUUUGCUAUGGAUGACUUUUUCUUUGACAAUCCCUUCAAUAUUAUAAGCUAA